AUGCCAUUGAAAAGUUAUGAACCGAAAACACAUCCGUAUCAAGUUCAAAAAAUAAAACUUACCGAUAACAGAAAAACUAGGAAAAGGCAAGCUAAAUAUUGCCCAGACUGUAAAGAAACAGACGAUUGUAUCAAACUCUUUUCUAAUAAACUAAAUAAAAUAGAAGAAAUUGUUAACGAUUUUCAUAAAAAAUGUCCAAAAAAAAAAAUUGAAAAAUGCUCAAUUUUUAACGCAAAAUUUACUCUAAAUAACGUUCCUUGUGAAUUAGAGUAUGACUUAUCUCAAUUUACUUUAGAAAAUUUACAAAAGUUAGUAAGCUUUACGACUCAAAAUUGCAAUAAUUCUUCUGAUAAAAAUAAUUAA